AUGGCUAGCAAGAAAGUAGUGGUUCCAUGCAUUGUAGUCUUGUGUCUCCUCAUGGUGUUUGGAGGUUUUGGACGUGCUCAAGCUGUUUUGAAUCAGUCAGUUAGGGCUUUCUUUGUGUUUGGAGAUUCACUUGUUGAUGCUGGCAACAACGAUUUCUUAGCCACCGCUGCUCGAGCUGACAAGCCGCCGUAUGGCAUCGAUUAUCCUACUCACAAGGCGACCGGAAGGUUCUCUAAUGGACUCAACAUUGCUGAUAUUAUCAGUGAGAAAAUCGGCGCUGAACCGGCAUUGCCAUGCUUGCAUCCCCUUCUCCAAGGAGAUCGGCUGCUUAUUGGUGCCAAUUUUGCUUCUGCUGGAGUUGGAAUCCUCAACGACACUGGUAUUCAGUUUGUGGAUAUAAUCAGAAUGUUUCAGCAGUUGAAUUACUUCAAGCAGUACCAGCAACGGUUGAUUGCUCAUGUGGGAGCAGAUAAAGCUAAAGAGCUCGUAAAUGGAGCACUUUUUCUUGUGGUUGUUGGUGGAAAUGAUUUUGUGAACAACUAUUUCUUGGUGCCUCACUCUAUUAGAUCUAAACAAUUCUCUUUACAUGAUUAUGUUCCAUUUCUCAUAUCCGAGUUCAAACCAAUUCUCACUAGUUUAUAUGAUAUGGGGGCACGUAGGGUUCUAGUGACGGGGAACGGACCAUUGGGUUGCGCUCCGGCGGAAUUGGCGUUGCGGAGCAAGAACGGAGAGUGUGCGACGGAGCUACAACAAGCCGCCAACAUUUUUAACCCACAACUUAUUCAAAUGCUGAAGGAACUUAACACCAAUUACAAAAGUGACAUUUUUGUUGGGGUUAAUCUGGAUAUCUUGCAAGAUGAUUUCAUUACUGACCCUAAAAAAUAUGGAUUUACUACAUCAAAGAUUGCAUGUUGUGGGCAAGGACCAUAUAAUGGGCUUGGAUUCUGCAAUCCGACGUCGUUUGUGUGCGAAGACCGUAGCCAACAUGUGUUUUGGGAUCAAUAUCACCUAACUGAGAAAGCAAACAGGAUUGUGGUUGAUAAGAUCAUGACUGCUUCUACUGACUUCAUCUUCCCUAUGAAUCUCAGCACUAUCAUGGUGAUGGAUUCCAAAGUUUGA